GUAACAACCAUCAUCUGCGUUUCAAAAUAGUUGCUUGAUAUUUUUUAUUUUCCUAUAUUUUCGGUUUUAAAAUUGAACAGUAUUAGGUGGCUCUUAAAUAAUAUAAGAUGUGUAAAAUAUGAAUGCAAUAAUUGCCUUGUGCCACUUCUGUGAGGCCCACGGCCCCGGUCCUUUAUUUUGCACCCAAACCCUUCGCGAGACCAACAUACACCAGUUGGACAUUCACUUCGACAGCGAGCGGAAAGGUUGCCCGGCAUGCAACUCGAUCGGGAACACGACCGGACUGGUCAGUACCGAUCCGGACAGUAAUGCGCACUUUGUCAGUAGCCAGGUGCCGGUGAUUCCGGAAACAAUUGAACUGGUAAAAAAGGCGGCUUUCCGUAGCAUCAGCAGUGAGGUAAGCUCGGCGUCGGCAACUACGUCUACAGGCUCUGCAACCACCAGCAACAGUGACGGGUGUGGGUUGGUGUUUUUCGGCGACGCUCAUCGAGGCCACGUGCUUAGUUGCUCGUUUCAGCUUGCCGAUUCCGAGUCGCGUGGGUUUAGUAAGCUGUUUUCGAUUGUGAUUUUGAUGAAGGAUAAAAUGUUUCUGCUAAACAUUCAACCUUUUCUUGCCGAUUGCCUGACCAAGAUAGCAAAAGAACUGCAGGACUAUGCGAGGACGGUUUAUGAUGACAAUUUAAAAGCACAAGGCUCGCAAAGAGCGCAGCGAAUAACGCAGGGUUACGUUAACAAUUCUUCGACCACUCGCUCCUUGGUGGAUUUGACUAAAAAGGAAGCAAUUUUUGCCUAUUUACACGCACAUUUCUCGUAUGUGCUGUGGGCCGGGGCAAGAUAUUUAACGGAGAGCAUAGCUUUGGGCAGCCCAUCGGUGCCACCUUGGCUAGGACGAGACACCGAGGAAGGUUUCACCAUGGUGCAAACCGACAAGGAAGGAUAUCUAAUGCGACGGAUGGGGUUGGCUAAAUCAGAAGAGCUCGAUCGUUUGGAUGAGCGGGACAUGGCCAAGUACUCGCUUCGCAUGUUUCGACAAGCACUGAAGGGUGAUUUCGAGGCGGUAUGCUUUUGUGUUCUGACGGGAAUUCAAAUUGUAAUCCGAGCGCCACCCGUUAAGGGAAGGUGUCUAGUAAGAAACCUGAAAAAACUUUUGCCGGAACCGUUACAUAAAUUGGCACGAUCCCAUGCCGAAUCCUACAAAUCCGCCAAUGAGUGUCGCAUUAUCAACCUUAGCCAGGAUGCCGUAGCUCCGAAUCCGUCGGCUGGAAUAAUGCGAAUCGAUCUGGUUGAUGAUAAAGCCCGAGACACGGUCGCUGUUUGUGUCUGGGAGGGCGAACUACCAUUGAGAUCACCGAAGUUGCUACAAAAAAUCAUGAAAGCUGUCGACGAAGAACUUUUCACUGAUCUGGUAUUGGACAAGCACAUGCGGGCGUUGAUCGAAGAAUGGAAAAACAAAGUGGUUUGCAUCCGGAAGAUGAGCUCCAAUCAGGACGUAUCCAAAAUCAAAAAGAUAAUGGACAUCCAACAGCAGGACCAAGUACUCAUCACCUACUGGUACAGCCACUUAUGACACAACACUCUGAUGUUCGUGGAAUUUUGUUGUAUUAUUAUUUCACUUAAUUACACAAAUAAUAAAAGGA